UGGACGAUACCAACUCCACUUCCCGGAGAAGGGUCUCUCCCGCCUCACAGAGACAAAUGGUACCGCCCCUGCUUCCCGGCAUUCACCGGGCGGACCGCUAAGAUGGCUGGGCGAUGGUUGGGGCACGGCCGCUGGCAGCAAGUGAUCCUAUUGAGCGGACGCUCCAGCUUACGGUUGCUUGGCGCGGGGAAGGGAGAAGGCAGCAGGCAUUGUUCAGGAAGUGCAUCACUUCAGAAGAUUGAAGCUGACCCAGGAGUUGCUGAAGAAGAAAUUGUUGUUCCAAGAAAGAAAACUUGGGAUAAACUAGCAGUUCUUCAAACACUUGCAUCUACAGUAAACAGGGAUCCUACAGCUGCACAUUAUAUGUUUCAAGAUGACCCCUACCUUAUCCCUAGAAACUCUUAUGAGUAUCGUUUAUUUUCAUUGUCCAAGGAGUCUGGGAAAAAUGCUGCAAGAUAUAUUGUUAACGAAUUCCCUCGAUUCUUUGAGAAGGACAUUGCGGAGCCUCAUAUACCGUGCCUGAUGCCAGAGAAUCUUGCACCUCAGAUUGAAGAAGUGAGUGAGGCAGCUCUUAAAGAACGUAUCCAGCUUAGAAGAGUAAAAGCUUCUGUGGACAUGUUUGAUCAGCUCCUGCAAUCAGGAACCCCUUUAUCUCUGGAGACAUCAAACCGUCUUCUGGAUCUGUUAUGUUUCUAUGGAGACAGAGAGCCUGCUAGGGAAGACCAGUCUGAACAAAAGGAGGAGCUGGAAGAAUCAGAGGAGGCAGCUCCAGAUCAGAGGAAACGAAGGGGGCGUUCAUGGAAGACCUCAGACUUCAUUGGCCCUAAGUGGAGGGAGAACAACAAUGCCGAAAGGAUAUUUAACCUAAUGCCAGAGAGAAAUGCACACUCCUAUUGCACAAUGAUCAGAGGAAUGGUGAAGCAUGGGGCUUGCGUGAGGGCUCAUGAUAUGUACACAGACUUGCUGAAUGACAGGCACACCGCUGAUGUGUACACCUUCAAUGCCCUAAUUUUAGCAGUCCCAGAAGUGAAAGAAAACUACAUUGAAAGAUGGGAACUUGUUGAAGACUUGCUGAAGCACAUGGUUCAACAGAAGGUGCAGCCAAAUCUGUUAACUUUUAAUGCUGUUUUGAAGACUCUGAGGAAAUGUGGUGGUAUGGGCAAGGGUAUCUCCCUAAAGAUACUGAGGGAAAUGAAAGCACUUAACAUAGAACCCAGCCUUGCAACAUUUGAACAUCUCCUUGGUAUAUUUUAUAAAUCUGGCUCAAUGGAAAUCAUCUAUGAAGUGAUGGAUGAAAUUGAAGGAAAGACUUUUGUUGCUCAGGAUCCAGACGAUGCCAAUUUCUUUGUCAGUGCGAUGCGAAUAUGCCACAGUCUGAAGGAUGUUGAGCUCGCAUAUAGAUUACAUAAGGUACUGGAGACAGGAGACCACUGGAAACUUAUAGGAGAUGCACAGCAACAGUCUCUCUAUUGUGCAAGGUUCUUUACUCUGGUGUGUAUGAUGGAACAGCUCGAUGUCAUAUUGAAGUGGUAUAAAGAACUGGUCCCUUCGCUCUUCUACCCAAACGCUCAAGUAAUGUGGGAUCUCCUUCAAGCAUUGGACACAGCCAACCAUUUGGAAAUGGUCCCUCAGUUUUGGAAAGAGAUCAAACAGCUUGGGCUUAGCAACAGACCCGAACUGUUGGAGGAGGUGUUGGCUCUGAUGGCCAGGGAGAUACACUCUCAGGAGACUCAGAUGUCAUUUGCCAACUGUGCUGCAGAUAUCAAAUCUAUUUUUGAAACUCGAGAGAGGAACCAGGUCCCCUUAGGGUGGACAGCGAGUGCUCUGGGUAACAUUGCCAUACUGUUCUCAAGGGUGGGGAGAAUCCAAGAAGCCUGCAACAUGCUGGAGCUUUUCAAAAGAACCAAUAGAGUCCCCAGCGACAAGGUGAUGAACGAGGUCUUGACCUGCACUAAACAAAGCAACACUCCACAUCAGGCGGUUGAGCUAGUGAAGUUGGCGGCUGCCUUCAGUCUACCUACAACAGCAAAGCUUGCAAGAAGGGUGAUAGAGGAGUUUGAACUGUCUGAAGAGCAGAAGAAGACUCUGGAAGAUGCUGAUCCCCAAAGCAGUGACAGCAGUGAUAGCGACAGUGACUCAGAGCCGUUUCACUAGCUUUCCCUGUGAAACAAAGAAUGGGAGUAGUUUCUCACUACUAUGGCCUGCGUGGGCUGCUUUGGAAAGCUGCACUCGAUUUCACCUCUCUCCUUCCAUUGGAUGUGACAGACCAAACGCUAGGAAUAAGAGCCUUGUACUGUUCUGCUUACAGUGAUACCUCUCCUCCCACCGCUAUCCUCAAACCAGCUAGGAGAGAUGAUGGAAGCUCUUCCCCGUUGAAUGCUCCCCUAGUAACUUGUCCCGGGGUUAGAGAAGAGACAUAGGGUUAAGGACUAGACCACAUCUACAUGAGCCUUACUGAGACAACUACCUGUUUUCUGUUGACUUAAUCUGUGAAUUUAAACAGCCUUAAUUACUGUUUCACUGUCUUACAUGAAACAUUCUUAGCAGCCCUGUGCAAUCAGUCUGUUAAGUGUUGUAAGUUACUUUGCAGCACAAUGGAGCUGAUCAAUGAAGACUCCUCCAGGGGCUUGCUUAUGGUACCUCUCCCCUCUUGGGUUCAGGAAUGGGCUUGGGGGCCUAGAGGCCAGAGCUGUGACAGCUGCUCUACUGUGAGCCUCUAAGGCUCCAGCUACCCUGCAGCGGGGGAGGUGGAGAGGGGGUGAUUCUCCCCUUUAAAAUAUACAUGGCUGCUAUACUCAGAAUGAUGAUGCUUCUACCCUCCAGCAGAGGCCUACACUGACCUUGUCUUUUAGCAUGCAGGGGUAGUGCUGCCUUGAAAAGCUUAAUCCUUCCCUUUAAAUCAUACCACUAGAAUUCUAUUGUCCCCCAUACACCCACACCAAAGGCUAGAGCUUAACCUCUGAGGCUCCACUGUGGGAAGAGGGAGUUUGUCAGCCUUCUCAGAUUAAUCUUUUCAGUGAGGAGGAUCACAGUUGGGUAGUACAAAGAACCUCAAGGCACAAAUUAAUCAAUUCUUUUCAUUGGUAACCUCCUUUUGAUCACUUCCAUAGCUACCAGCAUAGUAAAGGUUAAGCUCAGCAGUACACACUUCACUCCUACACUAAAGCAGCUCCCAUGUAUCCACUACUGAGCAUGCAGUAGCAGAAAAGGGGUUGAGUGCAGGAUUAACAGUGCCAGCUAAAGGGAGUAGGGGAAGAUGCGCCUUGUCUAAACACUAAUGACAAGGAAUGGGGAUAAGAGGAAAACUAGGCAGGUACAGGAGUCACUGCCAUGUUACACUUGGUUAGAUUAAGCAAAAUGAGGGCAGCUCUGUUCUUUCUUCCUGUUCCCCUACUGCCAUAUUUACCACUAGACUAAACAAAAAAUAGUACAAGGAACAAGCCAAUUGUUUCCAGCUGUGUCUCAGCCACUGAAAGGCAUGGCCGGCCUUCACAUCCCUCAAACAUUAGAAUAUAGCUAGAGUGUUGCAGUAGUAGCUUGUGUUGCUACUGUAUUAUUCAGCCACUGCUCUUAGGUUCAUGUAAGUCAGUGUAACUGGGAUUUUCCUAUAGGAGGACUGCUGGGCUCACAAACCUUUCCAAAUGGUUGAUACUGACAGUAAAUAGCAACUUUUGUUGAUGAGAAUUGAAAUGCCAACAUGGGAAUGUGAAUUGUGACAGCAUUGUAGAUACCUGUUCUAGGUAAAUAUCCCACUUGUGUGCUUUGAUUUUAAAAGCACUAGGCAAAGUAAACCGUACAGAAAUGUAUAAUAAAACAUGCCAGAAGUAAAGGGGAAAACUAGUUCAUAUGGAAUAAGGGUGAAUAAAGACUUGAACAGAUCAGAACUGAAAUACAGAAAGUGGUGUAAAUCUGUUAUGUGUUGUAAAUAAAUAUAUGUAGCUUGGCAGGACACCUUGUGUGAUACUGAAUAAUGUGGUUGGUUCUAGGUAAAUUAGAGAGAGCUGAUACAUUCUACCCAGAUUAACAUUACACUUCAAAGUGAAAUACAAGGAGGAAAGUUCCUUCCCACUAAUGAGCCAAGAACAGGGAGGCAUUCAGGAAACCUAGCAAAGUUUUCUUGCAAGUCUGAAUGUCUGUUUUGUGUUUGAUCCACACUUAAUAUCUAUCAUGAAAGAGGCACAGGAUGAGUUUUAAUCCAGUAUUUUUCAAGAUGUUUUCUGGUUAAACCAAUUGAUAGUGAUAACAUCUGGAAGCUUCCUGUCUUAACUACAGACCAUGCUGUUUAACAGAUUGCUAAAUUAAAGUAUUUCCUUA